GGUCAGGUUAUUAGCCCGAGUUCAUGGAUAUAGUUAUGAAUAAACACUAUAGUUUAUAGGCAUCAUCGUCGGGCUCAGAGCAGCAUGGAUGUAGCGCGUGCUCCCCAAAAAACUGGACUGCCGAGAGAAGUGGUGAAAUGGCUGCAGAGCCUCGACUUGUCCUUCUACCCGAAGAACAUGCGCAGAGAUUUUUCCAAUGGUUACCUGGUGGCGGAGAUAUUGUCUCGUUAUUACACCCAAGACUAUCUAGGGCAGUGGUAUGACAGAGGAGUGUCACUCUCUGCCAAACAGUGGAACUGGAGCCAAAUAGAGAGGUCUCUACAGAAGCAGAAUCUGCACUUGACGAAAGAGAUGAUUAACGGAAGCAUUCACUGUAAACCGGGAGCAGCCGAACUGUUGGUGCAGGAGGUUUAUACUCUUUUAACUAACCGGAGCCUCCGAGACGUUCAGGGCCCGGCGGCAGACUUCACUGACCGAGGGUACCAGGAGCUGCUCCCCACGCUGGCCCGCUCCACGGCCUCCAGGGCCAUCAAGAACAACCUCAGGACGACGGAGAUCAUGGCGGAGCCCGACAUCAGCACCAACCAGAGGAGGGCCGAGGUCAUCCUCCACCGGCAUCUGGAGCACAAGGCGGAGGAUCGGGUCCUCAACCCAGUUUCGGUGACAGGACGUUUGAAAGUGAAGCCUAAUCUGUGUCGGCCGGCAGCCAAAGAGGAGUGCUUCGCUUCAUCCCGAGACACUACAUCGAAGUUCAGCUCCUCCUCAACAAGGAGUGGAGGAGCGGCCGUUUCCUUUCAGGAGAUAAAGGUGCACCAGCCUGUAAAAUGGAACUAUUAAAUGAACUAUAUGAUAUGAUAUGAUAUUCCUUUAUUCGUCCCACAGUGGGGACAUUUCAAAAAUCACAGCAGCGGUGCACAUCAGAGCAUUAAUGAAAAUAAAUAUAAAACACUAAAUAAAAUACGAAAUACUAAGACUAAUACUGAUAAUAAUACUCAUACUAAUACUAAUACAAUACAAUAUAUGGAGAGCUGUGCUCUAUAAUUGGUAUGUGUGUCACUUGAUGUCAUGAUAGGUUGUUCAUAUUAGUUUUGGAAGGCCACUUGUUUGUUUUGGGGUGUGUCAUGUUUCAGUGCGGGUCUACCAUCCUGUCUGGGCAAUGUCUGUUUUCACCACUAGAUGGCAGCAUUGAGUCACGAGCAGCACCCUCCUCAAGGGUUCAGACUGAAAUCCACUGCUUCAGGUGUACCAUUGACAACAAAAAGGGUGUAAAUGAGUGUAUGCUGUAAUGGACCGGCCUCGCUGUUCAUCCAUGUGUGUUGCUCACUAUCCUGAUAUUCCUGAGUUCCUUCUCCUGUUUCUGAACAUGCAUCUUGCCUUUGUCCCUGUCACCGAAGCAUCGGAUCUUCUUCUCAAUCUGCAUCCUCAGAUAUUAUGAUCAGGCACCUGCCAAAUGUUGGCAAACCCACGCUUUACGACGGACAGGAAACCUUGGAGGAACUGCUUUAUGUAACUGCAAGGUGCAUUUAUCUUUGAGGACAAUCAAAGUGAAUUUUUAGGUUUGAAGCUUAAAUUAAAAUGGUGUUGUUUCACA